AUGAUUUUUGCGACGGUAGCGGUACGAUUUGCCUUGCUGUGUUCACUUCUGACGAUGAUUCCAGCGAUGAUCACUGAAAGAGUGUGUGCAUCACGUUUUAUCUCCGAUUAUGAGAAGCUACCGAGACCUUGGAUCGCUGUCUUGAUCAACGCUGCAGUACUGGCCACGUCAUACUAUGCGCUAAUGAUGCUCGGUGAGUCUCGCACCCUUGCAUGUCUGUCAACAUUCUAUAUAUUGGGACUGACCAUUAUAUCUGUACUUAUUAUGGCACUAUCCUUAGUGGCAAUUAUUGUGGUCCAUCGCAGCGACAUUGCGAUGCUGCGCGAUCUUACUAACAAAACUGGUAUAUCAAAAAUCACUUAUACGCUCAGCAGGAAGUUCCAGCUGGAAGAAAAUGUUCGAGUAACGAAGGUUCGUCAAAGGAAUGUCUUAUAA